AUUCGAGAAACUUUCGGUUUCUUUUCUGAGCAGCAGUGCGCGUUAAGUGUAACGUGAUGGCGUCUGGUCGUUGGCGUGCGCUGCCGAAAGGUGUGCGAAAAGUUUUGAAUAGCCAUCGGCAUGGUAGCAACCAGCGGACAUUGUGUACCACAGUCCCCCCAUCUGCAGAGCAGAUAACCAGAGUGCCACUGUCGCAGCCCCUACCAUGCUUUCCCAAGCCAUUAUAUGCCGUGCCCUCAGCUCAAGAUCAUGCCACAGAGGUCACCACUUUCGACAAUGGUCUGCGGGUGGCUUCGCAAAACAAGUUUGGCCAGUUCUGCACUGUGGGUGUUGUCAUUGAUUCAGGAUCACGAUAUGAAGCUCCUUACCCGAGCGGAGUUUCACAUUUUCUCGAAAAGCUGGCGUUCAAUUCGACACAGGAGUUCGAAAACCGAGACGCGGUACUUCAGGAGCUGGAGAAGCAAGGUGGCAUCUGUGAUUGCCAAGGUUCUAGGGAUACGAUGAUCUACGCUGCCUCGGCCGAUGCUCGUGGCCUUGGCCCUGUCGUGCGGCUACUAGGUGACGUGGUUCUGCGGCCUCUUUUCCGUGAAGAUGAGGUGGAGAGGACUCGGCAGGCUAUCCACUUUGAGCUGGAGGACAUCGACAGCAAACCGGACCAGGAGCAGCUGCUCUUUGAGAUGAUCCAUGCUGCUGCAUAUGGUAGCAACACAUUGGGCCUGCCUAAGCUGUGUCCCCGGGAGAAUGUGGCUGUGAUUGAACGCCAGGUGCUGUACACCUACCUGAGCCACCACUUCACCCCAUCGCGCAUGGUGGUAGCUGGUGUUGGCGUAGAUCACGAUACACUGGUGGAAGCAGUGCACAGGUACUUUGUGGAGCGGGUGCCUAUCUGGCAGGAGAACCCAGAGUUAAUUCUGGACCCCAAGUUGGAACCAGACACAUCAAUUGCACAGUACACGGGUGGUGUGGUCAAGGUGGAAAAGGACCUGUCGGAUGUGAGCCCUGGACAAACCCCAAUCCCUGAGCUGGCACACUUUGUGCUUGGCCUGGAGAGCUGCUCACACCAGGAUCCGGACUUCAUUGGCUUCUGCGUCCUCAACAUGAUCAUGGGUGGUGGGGGUUCCUUCUCAGCCGGUGGACCUGGCAAGGGAAUGUACACACGCCUCUACACAAACGUGCUUAACCGGUACCAUUGGAUGUACAAUGCUACUGCAUACAACCAUGCGUAUGGCGACUCUGGUCUCUUCUGCAUUCAUGCCAGUGCGGACCCUUCUCAGCUGCGAGACGUGGUGAAUGUCAUUGUCCGGGAAUUCUCAGGCAUGUCUGGAAAAGUGACUCACAUGGAGCUGGAGCGGGCCAAAACACAGCUUCAGUCAAUGCUGUUGAUGAACCUCGAAGCUCGUCCGGUCAUGUUCGAAGACAUCGGACGUCAAGUUCUUGCCAGUGGCCAUCGCAAAGAUGCUGACUACUAUAUUUCGGAAAUAAGUAAAAUCAAGGCAGACGACAUAGAGCGUGUGGUGCAGCGCAUGCUCCGAUCUCGGGCAUCGGUAGCAGCCUUGGGCAACCUGCAGCGCCUCCCUGUGCUGGAAGACAUCGAAGCAGGUCUGCUGAGUAAACAUGGCGUACUUCCUUCACGCCGAUUCUCGCUAUUUGGACGCUGACUGUUUGCACAACUGAUCCAACUGAAGACACCUUGCCAAAGCAGACCUACCACUGGUAUCAUCAUCGUGCAAGCUUAAUAAAUGUGUCUCACUGUA